AUGUCGACUGGCACGGUCAGCGAAGGCCUGCGCCCUGAACCUGGGGCCGCUUUGCGACCGAGCAUCAUGCAUCCUACCAUCGCGCAACUACAGAGCACUACAUCCUGUGAUAACCUGAAUCAAGCCGUCCACGAGUGUCGUUUAGCGCAGGAGGCGUAUCAGACUGUUCUGGUCGAGCGCGACGCCAUUGCGCAGGAGACCAUCGCUCUCAAGGCGGUGCGGCUCCAACACUUUGCUUGUGUUUUGCCUGACCUCACCCUCAAGACAUUGGUGGCCCGCGAAGAAGAGAUUUCACACCUGAAGCAGAUGAGCCACACGGUCCCCGAAAUCCUUGAUGGCGAAGCGCCAAAUGCUCCCAGCACACCGUUGGCCGAGAGACCUCCUGCCAGAGCGACCUCCGACUCACCCCAUCCGCCAACUGGGCCUCACCGCCUCUACUGUUCACGCUGUUAUGUCACGUCUACGCCGUCCUGGCGCCAUCACCCCGACACAGGCGAACUGCUAUGCAAUUCCUGUGGCCUUUACCUCGCACAAAUCGCUACCAUUACAGCGGCCGCUCAUAUAGAACCCGGGUCUGGUCAUGCCAUACCUCCACCAACCAACGGUCUUCACUGCGACGAGUGUGGAACUCAUGACACGCCCUUCUGGCAUUGGACGCGACCAGAGUCGGGGGCACCGAUUUGUGAUGCUUGUUACAAAUCCGAAAAGCGGGCGGCGGGACGACGGUCGGCGAAGCGUAAGCGGAGCGACGGUGAAUCGGACAGCGACGGUUCCAAGCUUCCGGUCGAGCGUCUCCCAGACGCGACUGCCAGUCCGACAUCUUCAAGACGCGGAAGGCCGAAAACGCCCACAAAGAAUCGAUCGUGUUUUGAAUGUACAACACGCCGUACAUCGGUCUGGCGACGAUCAUUGAAGGUCCCGGGAAUGUAUUUGUGCAAUGCGUGUGGGCUGAAGGAGAGAAUAGCUCAGAAAGCUGAGCCGUGA